AUGGCUUCUGUCAAGCAACUGAAGAAAAACCCUGCCACAGUGCCAUCUGACAAAGCAGAGAGUGUUUCUGGAGGCGACGUACCUUCCACCAAGGUUGGAGGGAGCGACGGCGGAUCGAGAGGCGGUGGUGGAUCGAGCGACAACGGAUCCGUGGUCGGUGGAGGAAGCAGUCCUUAUAGCGACGCCAGUAAACCGAGCAAUAACGGAGGAAAGACGAGGAAGCUUUCGCAGUGGAGUCUCCUCAAGAAGAAGCUGAAUAUUCGCAACGGAGCCACGGUAAUCGGUGGCAGCGGUGGGAUCAAAGGCACACUGUCCCUUGGAAACCCACUCCUCAUCCGUACUACGUCCAAGAAGUCCUUCCUCACCAACACAAGCAACAACAACAACUCGGUCGAGUCCGUGCGAAUCGAGAACACCUAUCAGCUGGGUCCCGACCGUGAACAUACCUUUCGUCCUUUGUGCGUUCAACAUGAGGUCGAACGCCUCCUGGACCAGAUCCUGGGAAACGAGAGGUACGACUCAUCGCGGAGUGGCUUUCUGACAGUCCGUAUUGCAGAGGCUGUCAAGGACAGGGUUAAGACUCUAGGAUUCGUAAGGCACAAGCUGGUUGUCCAGACCAUGCUCAGCUCGGCUGGAGGGCAGAGUUUCGAGAUCGCCAGCCGAUGUCUCUGGAAUGCCGACACCGACAAUUACACGACGGCCGUUUACCAAAACCCGACUCUCUUCGCGAUUGUAUCGGUGUAUGGAUUAUACUACGAAUGACGCAAUAUUGUUUAAUGACGCAAAAAUAUAAGACGCUAAGACGCAAGUCUCAUGUCUGACUUAUUAUGUACAUAAUUUGUGCAUAAUCAUUAUCAUCAUUUUUUGUUGGUAAAUAUUUUGUAAACACCACUUUCAUU